GAUUAACUGCAAAUUAAGUAAAGUAGUAGGAAUUUUUUGCAACAACCAAGAUUAGGCACAAAUUACAAGGUUGGACUCGCCCUUACAACAAUCAAACAGCUCUUCCUUUCUUUCUUGUUUUCUCUCUCUUCUAAAUUGUUGAGUUCGCAGGUAUAUGUUUACAUUGAUCAAGGGAUAUUGUUUUUUGAUCUUAGAUUGAGAAAAUAUGGAUAUGGCAUCUGAGGAAGUUACUACCAUCUGCACCCACUGUGAUAGAGCUAUCCCUUCCGGGAAUAUCGAUUUGCAUACUGCUCACUGCGCUCGGAAUCUGGAAAAAUGUAAAGUUUGUGGUGAUAUGGUCCCAAGAAAGCAUGCUGAGGAACAUUAUUAUAACACCCAUGCUCCUGUAGCUUGUUCUCUGUGCAGUGAAACAAUGGAGCGUGAUAUUUUGGAUGUGCAUAAGGGUGAAAACUGUCCACAAAGGAUUGUAACAUGUGAAUACUGCGAAUUUCCUUUGCCUUCCAUUGAUCUAUCCGAGCAUCAGGAUGUAUGUGGAAACCGGACAGAACAUUGUUAUCGCUGUGCCAGGUAUAUUAGGCUACGUGAUCGUUAUGUCCAUGAAACAACCUGCAAUGGUGUUGCCGAAUCUCCCGUGGGAACUUCUAGGGAUUCUAGGCCGGCUGCCGAGAGACAACCACGACCACGUAGAAGAGACCCGCCAGCACCAGCAUUCCCAAAAAGACACCUGCUAAUUACAAUCGCGAUUACAGGGAUUGCGUUUAUUCUAGGAUCCUUUAUCUACCAGAAGAAAUCUGACAGCGUUGGUCACUAAGCAGUAAAGAUGGUCGUGGGCCGGGCGUCCAGAUACCACGGGCCGGGCCCCACUCUGCAUCGGACUGGGUCGGGCUGAAAAGAUCAAAGUAGGGCCCAUGCCCGGCUCAUCCCACAGCCAUAUUUACUAAGCACUGUCAUACUUACAAGUAGCGCGUUCUGUAUUUAUUUUGAGGCUGUGUAAUGUGUAUAACCCAAAGUAGUAGUGAAUUGAGCUCAGAUUUGACUGAAUAUUCGAGGCCUUGAGUAAACUAGUUGUUGUUGAGCAAAUGAGGUUUGUAUAUUUGGUGGCAGUAAAUAUAUGUGAAGUGCUCACAUGAUAAAACUUCACUUCCUUUUCGAGACAA